AUGGUGUUAAUAUCCCUGUCUUCUAAUUUAAAGGUUAGUUGGAGGGCUGAUAUCCAGGAGCAGCGCUCGUUAGCACGAAGAGCAACAGCAGCAGCAGUUGCUGCUGCUGCAUCUGCUGCAGUGCAGCAGCAGCAGGAGCUACUGGAGGGUUCUGCAGCAGCAGCAGUACUGCAGGCAAGAGCAGCAGCAGCAGUAGAACGACGCCGGAGGCGUAGAGCUCGGCGACAGCAGCAUUCCUCACGAGGAGAAGCAGCAGCAGCAGCAGCAGCAGCAGCAGCAGGCGCAGCAGCAGCAGCACCUCCAUCAGCAACCCCACCAAUGUCAGCAGCAGAAGCAUCAGCAGCAACAGCAGCAGCAGCAGCAGCAGGAGAUAUAGCAGCAAGAAGACUACAAUUAUAUGAUAUAAGAAGACAAGACGGAGGAAUUUUAUCACAAGACAGGCUCCUGCUGCAGCAAGCAUAUUAUGAAUAUAGUUCUCUACGUACAGUAUAUGUAGACUAG